AUGAUAAUCCUUGUCUUAGUGCACAAGAUUGUUGCUUCUAAUUAUACUGACCAAGUCCAGUUUGACAGUUAUAGCCUUCUUCUGAAAGACCAGCGUGUAUUCUUACACGGCGGUGAAUUCCACACAUUCCGCCUACCGGUUCCCGGGCUAUGGAUCGAUAUUCUUGAAAAAGUGAAGGCUGCAGGUCUCAACAGUAUAAGCGUAUACACUCAUAUGGGACUAUUAAAUCCCUCCCGUGGUGUAAUCGAUUUCAAUGACUGGAGAGAUCUUCAACCUCUAUUUGACGCUGCUAGAGAAGUUGGAGUUUGGAUAACUCUACGACCCGGUAUGUUCAUCUCCAUUAUCGAAUAUAUCAACGCCGAGACAACAGCUGGAGGAAUUGCACACUGGAUUACAUCGGAGGUCGCUGGAACGCUUCGCACGAAUGCAUCUGACUAUCGGGAGGCGUGGACUCCUUACAUUCAGGCAAUCGCUUCUAAGAUCCGCGGAAACGAGAUCACCGAUGGUGGCCCUGUUAUUCUUCUGCAAAUCGACAACGAGUACAAUCUGGAUACCGGAGAGACUUACAUGGCGCAACUAGAAGCUACAUAUCGGGAGGCGGGCAUUGUCAUUCCUUUCACAUACAACGAUGCUGGAAACCAAGACCACUUUAUUAAUGGAACGGGUGCUGUUGAUUUACAUGGGAACGACUAUUACCCUCAACGGUAUGACUGCGCUGACCCGGAUGAGUGGCACACUGUCGUCGACUACUACGAUUACCACAUGCAGGUAGAUUCAUCGCAACCUUUCUACGUACCAGAAAUGCAAGGAGGGUCAUUAAACGGAUGGGGUCCUGGAUCUGCUCAAUAUAGUGGCUGCACACUUCUUACUGGUCCCGAGUUCGAGAAUGUCUUCUAUCGUCAGCUAUGGGCCAGUAAUGUCAAACUUGUUAGUUAUUACAUGUUCUAUGGAGGCACGUCCUGGGGGGCUCUCCCAUAUGGGUAUGUGUAUACCUCCUAUGAUUAUGGUGGCACGAUAUCUGAAUCUCGUGCUCUCACUCCCAAACACCCAGAGAUAAAGCUUCAAGGUAUUUUCCUUCGCAGUUCACCAGAAUUCUACAAAACGAACCGGAUCGGAAAUUCAUCCAUUGGGCUUCCCGGCGGAAGUGGUGUAUCUGACCCUUCCGCUGUUGCGGUCACUUUUUUGCAGAACCCUGACUCGGGUGCUGGUUUUUGGAUCGUGCGGCAGAAUGAUUCUACUUCUACUGCGAUAACGUCAUUCACUUUGGAUGUGACGACUGUCCACGGAGACGUUUUACAUCUUCCCCUUGUGACAUCUGCGAUUACUCUCAGUGGUCGUGAGUCCAAGGUGGUCCUUACCGACUACGCAUACGGCGCCAAAUCUCGUAUGCUCUAUUCGACUGCACAGGUCUUCUUCUCUGGCUCCAUCGAUUCGCGGGACGUCCUCUUCCUCUAUGGUGACGCCUCGCAGUCUCAUGAAUUUGGGCUUGCUCUCUCCGGAUUUUCAUCCUCAGCCGAUGUAUUCACGGCUACCAAUGGAACAUCUGUCGGUCUCUCUGAGGCAAUCACAGUCAUCUCCUUUUCCGCACCAUUCUCCCCUGGUCUAGUCACAGUCUUCGAAUCCGAUACGCAACUAAUUCUCUUCGCUGACACGCCCACCGCAUCCAUGUUUUUUGCCCCUACCAUUUCAUCGUCUACCAGCAUUGACCCACAUAAAAGCUAUUGGAGCAUAGGUACAAACGAGACGGUGCUCAUAGGAGGACCCUACCUCGUGCGGUCAGCUUCUAUUGCCUCCGACUCGCGCAUUCUAAACAUCAGAGGGGAUUUAAACCUCACCUAUCAAUCCAAUGGAACAAAGAUAAUUAUUGUUGGUCCUGCUCGGAUCACUUCUGCGACGUGGAAUGGCAAACAGAUUGAUUUACGAGCUGCAUCUGGCACGUCACAAAGACACACCCCCAGCAUUGUUCUAAUGGGCACGAUUCCUGCCCCAAACGGUGCUCAAGUGGCAGUCAAAGUCCCGACUCUGUCGGGUUGGAAAUUCAGGAAUAGUUUGCCUGAAAUUUCCAAAACUUUUGAUGAUUCAUCUUGGACAGUGGCAAAUCACACUACCACGAAUAUCCCUUUUCCCAUGUACUACGGCGAUGGACGUAUACUCUAUGGCUGUGAUUAUGGGUUCUGUGAAAAUAUCGUUCUGUGGAGAGGCCAUUUCAAUGCCACAGGAUUAGAAAAGAGUGUCAAUCUCUCCAUCAACGGGGGAGAAGCUUUUGCUGCCAGUGUAUGGCUGAAUGGUGUAUUCCUCAAUACAUCGUACGGAAAUGCCUCAGCUAGCUCCAACAUCCUCGAGGAAACUGAUGACCAGUUCAUUUUUCCAAAAGGAGUGUUGUUGCCAGAGGAAGACAAUGUCAUAACUAUCCUUCAGGAUAACAUGGGCCUCAAUGAAACCGUUCUUACCCUCAACGAUCCAAAAAGUCCUCGGGGUAUACGGGGCUUCCGGCUUGACUGCGGUAUCUUCUCCGAAUGGAGAGUUCAAGGCAAAAUUGGCGGCUACUCUGGUUACCCUGACAAAGUUCGCGGAAUUCUCAAUGAAGGCGGGCUCUUUGGCGAGCGCAAAGGUUGGCACCUUCCAGGUUUCGAUACUACAGACUGGAUUGGCCGACCUCUCUCUUCUGGGCUUCCAAACGCCUCCGCGGGCGCAGGGUUUUUCGUCACUACGUUCAAUCUCAGUGUUCCCAUUGGUCUUGAUGUUUUCAUGUCAUUCACGUUUGAAGAAGAACUAGGACAAUCAUACCGUGCAUACCUUUUCGUGAACGGCUGGAUGUUAGGAAAGAGAGUAGCUAAUCUUGGUCCGCAGUUCGAAUUUCCGGUUCAUCAAGGUAUACUCGAUUAUCAAGGUGUCAGCACUGUAGCUGUUGCUGUGUGGUCAAUGGAAUCCAACGUAGCUAUUUCACCUCAACUCAAUUUGACUGCCAGCAGUAUUCUCAGCGGUGGGGUCACGCAUAUUGAAAUGAAUAACCCGAAGUGGUCCCCUGAAGGGAGGGAAUAA